GCAGACAUCCUCUCUGCUUUUUCUCCCCAGGCUCCAACCCCAGCCCCAAAUCUCCAUGGCAACCUCCAGCCACAACCCUGACCUGAAGGAGGAUCUGGAGUGGGGAGCACAAGACCAUUGUGAAGAGACCAGAGGAGGUGGUGGACUUGCCUCCCCUGCUCCUUGUGCCCUGAGGGCCUUCUCCCCUGGCCCGGUGAGGCCCCCAAAGACCCCAAGCUGGAGAUUCUGCAGGUGUUUCCUGUUGCUAGGCACAGCAUGGCCUGGAUGAAGGUCUAUCUCCUGCAGCUGCCCCAGAGGCUGCUCCUGCUGGGGGCAGCUGCCGUAACCACGUCUGCCCUGGAGACGGCUGACCUGGUGAACCUCUGCAGGCAGAAGUGGCAGGGGGACGGGCUGCUGUUGUGCUCGCAUCCUGCCUCCCGCAAGUUCUAUUUCAUGGCCCAGGACACUGACCGCGGGCUCUGGUGGUGGGCAGAGGCCCCCAGCAACAGGGUCAGGUUCCAGUUGUGCUUUUUCCUGGUCUACAGCAUGAUUCCUGCGUUCCCAGUGCCUCUGGAAUCCCUGGCCUCCAACACCUCCUGCCCAGAGUGGGAUCCAGGCGCUCCUGGCUCCUACCUGCAGUUCUACAAGGGCCCAUCGGGGGUGCCCUGGCCCCUGGGGCCCCCUGUCUGCGGCCUGACCAUCCCCGCCCCAGUGGCAUCCUCUGGACCCUCCAUGGGCCUGCGCCUUGUCACUAGAGGCUGCCAGCCUCGAGUGAACUUCGUGGGCGAAGUCACCUCUUUCUGGUUGGGAUUCUGUGGUGGCUACUUCCGCCGUUGGAACGGCAGAUGCAUCCCCCCAAGUCUGGUGUGUGACCGCUGGGACAUAGACAACUGUGGCGAUGGCAGUGACCGGGCCUCCCAGCCACCAGCCAGCUGUAGAGGUCCUACCCCCAUGUCCAGCCAGGUCUAGAGCACCGACAGUGACGUCCCCCAGCCCAUGACUUCUCUCUCCCCAGCUCUUGGGUCUGCAGGCCCCCUCCGGACUGCCGCUGAGAGGACUACGCCUGCAGGCCAGGAUCCUGCUCUCCAGGGUGCAGCAUCAAAAGGUAGACAGAUGGCUCUUCGUUACUCCUGUGCCCUGCUCCUCCUGCCAAGAUCACGUGUCCCUCUCUGGGCAUGAGGAUGGGAGCAGCAUGUCCAGGCUGGCGCCCGAGUGAGCUUUCUUUCUUUCUGCAGGGCC